AGAAACGGCGGUGGCCACCCGUCUGCUGCUGAGAAGAACUGGAUCUUCGGUUCAGGCCAUCCUCAUCAAAGCUUAAGUUUGCUAUACAAUAAAAAUCAGGAGGUCUGAUCCUGAUUGCAGAAUCCUUUCCCUGAUUGCAGAAUUCUUGGUCUUGUCCCUCAAUUCAUCCCUACUCCCAGAACAUCGGAGAAAAUCUGUAAAAUUCCAUUCGAGAAAUCAUUAGGAGUUCAUUGAAGAGAAACAACCAAGAUUAUUGGUUGGAAUAAAAACAGGGUUGAAUGAGUUCCAGAAAGCAGGGACCACAGCCUCCUGCAGAACAAUCCCCUGAAGAAAAAAAUUUUAAAAAGCCGGCUAGAGGCAGUAUGCAAAGAAGUAAGAUGAGAGGUGCUGCCUCUGGGAAGAAGACCACUGGCCUGCAGCCAAAGAAUCUUGAGCCUGCUCUCCCAGGAAGAUGGGGGGGGCGUUCUGCAGAGAACCCCCCUUUUGGAUCAGUGCAGAAAACAAGAAAGAGCAAGCAGAAGUCUCCUGGAAACAGUGAUGGUGGCAGUACCAGCGAAGCUCCCCAGCCCCCACGAAAGAAAAGGGCCCGAGCUGAUGCUACCGUUGAGACCGAAGAGGCGUUCAAGAAUAAAAUGGAAGUUAAGGUGAAGAUUCCAGAAGAAUUAAAGCCGUGGCUCGUUGAGGACUGGGAUCUGGUAACUCGACAGAAGCAGCUAUUUCAACUGCCUGCUAAGAAGAAUGUGGAUGCCAUUUUAGAAGAGUAUGCCAAUUGUAAGAAAUCACAGGGCAAUGUCGAUAAUAAGUAUUAUGCUGUUAACGAAAUUGUGGGAGGUAUAAAAGAAUAUUUUAACGUGAUGUUGGGCACUCAGCUGCUCUAUAAAUAUGAGAGGCCUCAGUAUGCUGAAAUUCUGUUGGCUUAUCCUGAUGCUCCUAUGUCACAGGUUUAUGGGGCACCACACCUGUUGCGAUUAUUUGUUAGAAUUGGAGCAAUGUUGGCCUAUACUCCCCUUGAUGAAAAGAGCCUUGCAUUAUUGCUUGGCAAUCUGCAUGAUUUUUUAAAAUAUCUGGCCAAGAAUUUUGCCUCUCUCUUUACCACCAGUGAUUAUAAAGUUGCAUCUGCCGAUUAUCACCGCAAAGCCCUGUGAAGGCUUUGUCACCACUGGUUGAUGUUUAGUAUAUGUAAACGAUACUUAGUCUUUCCUUGUAAAAUUGAUGUUCCUUAAAAUUGUUAAUGUAUAACAGGGCUUAUGUUUUUAUUUGUUUUCUGAUGUAAACAAAAUAAAAGGAGUACAUGCUCCUUUAUUUCAAAGUUGCUACCAGUGUAUACAGUAAUUAGAUGAAGAAACAUUCAGUAGAACAUUUUAUUGCCUAGUUGACAACAUUGCUUGACUGCUGGUGGUUCUAUCCCUUUGACACUACAAAAUUUUCUAAUAUGUGUUAAUGCUAUGUGAUAAACACCUUGAUUCUUAGUGCCAAAGGUUCAACUCAUGUAUAUACCUGAAAACCCUUGCAUUUGUGUUCUUUGUUUAUGGUGCUUGAAGUAAAACAACCCAUCCAGUGCAAAUCCA